AUGUUUUCUUUGGUAUCCAGGGACAAUCAAACUAGACAAAUACAAGAUGCUGUUUCAAAUGUGGAAAAACAUUUUGGUGAAUUGUGCCAAAUAUUUGCUGGAUAUGUACGUAAAACUGCCAGACUACGAGACAAAGCAGAUCUUCUAGUAAAUGAAAUAUAUGCAUAUGCAGCCACAGAGACACCAAACUUAAAAGUUGGACUGAAAAACUUUGCAGAUGAAUUUUCCAGACUUCAGGAUUAUCGCCAGGCAGAGGUUGACAGGCUUGAAGCCAAGGUUGUUGAACCUCUGAAAAGUUACGGGACCAUAGUGAAACUUAAAAGGGAUGAUCUUAAAGCAACUUUAACAGCAAAGAACCGAGAAGCUAAGCAAUUAUCUCAAUUGGAAAAGACACGUCAGCGGAAUCCAUCAGAUCGACACAUUAUUUCACAGGCUGAAAGUGAAUUGCAGAGAGCUUCAUUGGAUGCAACUCGAACAACUCGGCAAUUAGAGGAAACCAUUGAUAAUUUUGAGAAACAGAAAAUAAAGGACAUAAAAAACAUAUUUUCUGAAUUUAUAACUAUUGAAAUGUUAUUUCAUGGGAAAGCUUUAGAGAUAUAUACUGCUGCCUACCAAAAUAUCCAAAACAUUGAUGAAAAUGAAGAUUUAGAGGUUUUUCGGAGCUCACUCUAUCCACCAGACUAUCAAUCCCGCUUAGACAUUGUUCGUGCAAAUUCAAAGUCCCCCCUGCAAAGAACUGGCUCCUUAAAAUCUUCACUGAGGACAGUACAGAUUUCCAGCAGUAUGCUAAGAAAAGAUGAAGACGACGAUGACGAGGAAGAUGAAGAUGAGGAAGAGGAGGAGGAGGAGGAAUUAGAUGCUACUAAGGAAGUGAGAUAA